AGCCGAGCAGACGCUAGGAGCAGCCUGGAGCAUCGGAAGGUGAUCGCGCUAGUCCGACCCGCGGAUCGCAGCCUGUAGAUCGCGGCCGGGGCCUGGAGGACAGCCAAGAGUGAAAGGAUCCUCUUCCUGAAGGAGGGGGUCAUGGCCUUCUUGUUGAUCGCCCGGCGGGUGGCCUGCAGCUCCCAGAAAAACCUCUGCCUCUUCACACGUGGAUCCAGAUACAUCAGUCAAGCUGCUGCCAAAGUUGACAUAGAAUUUGACUAUGAUGGGCCACUGAUGAAGACAGAAGUCCCAGGGCCUAGAUCUCAGGAGUUAAUGAAACAGCUGAACACAAUCCAAAAUGCAGAGGCUGUGCACUUUUUCUGCAACUAUGAAGAAAGCCGAGGCAACUACCUAGUAGAUGUGGAUGGCAACCGCAUGUUGGACCUGUAUUCUCAGAUCUCCUCUGUCCCCAUAGGUUACAACCAUCCAGCUCUGGCGAAACUCAUCCAGCAGCCUCAGAAUGCGAGCACUUUCAUCAACAGACCUGCCUUGGGCAUCCUGCCUCCAGAGAACUUUGUAGACAAGCUCCGGGAGUCCUUGAUGUCGGUGGCGCCCAAAGGCAUGUCCCAGCUCAUCACCAUGGCCUGUGGCUCCUGCUCCAAUGAGAACGCAUUCAAGACCAUCUUCAUGUGGUACCGGAGUAAGGAACGAGGGCAAAGAGGUUUCUCGAAAGAGGAGCUGGAGUCCUGCAUGGUUAACCAGAGUCCUGGAUGUCCCGACUACAGCAUCCUCUCCUUCAUGGGUGCUUUCCACGGGAGAACUAUGGGAUGCUUAGCAACCACACACUCCAAAGCAAUUCACAAGAUUGACAUCCCUUCCUUUGACUGGCCCAUUGCUCCCUUCCCACGGCUGAAGUACCCCCUGGAGGAGUUUGUGAAGGACAACCAGCAAGAGGAGGCCCGCUGCCUAGAAGAGGUAGAAGAUCUGAUUGUGAAAUAUCGGAAAAAGAAGAGAACAGUGGCUGGAAUCAUCGUCGAGCCCAUCCAGUCUGAGGGCGGAGACAACCACGCAUCAGAUGACUUCUUCCGGAAGCUGAGAGACAUCGCUCGGAAGCAUGGCUGUGCCUUCUUGGUGGAUGAAGUUCAGACUGGAGGAGGCUGUACGGGCAAGUUCUGGGCCCACGAGCACUGGGGCUUGGACGACCCAGCCGAUGUCAUGUCCUUCAGCAAGAAGAUGAUGACCGGGGGCUUCUUCCACAAGGAGGAGUUCCGGCCAAGUGCUCCUUACCGCAUCUUCAACACCUGGCUGGGAGACCCAUCCAAGAACUUGCUGCUGGCUGAGGUCAUCAAUAUCAUCAAGCGGGAGGACCUGCUCAACAACGUGGCCCAUGCCGGGAAGACCCUGCUCACGGGGCUGCUGGACCUCCAGGCCCGGUACCCCCAGUUCAUCAGCAGAGUGAGAGGACGAGGCACCUUUUGUUCCUUUGACACGCCAGAUGAAUCCAUAAGGAAUAAACUCAUUCUAAUCGCCAGAAACAAAGGUGUGGUACUGGGGGGCUGCGGUGACAAAUCUAUCCGUUUCCGUCCCACGCUGGUCUUCAGGGAUCACCAUGCUCACCUAUUCCUCAAUAUUUUCAGUGACAUCUUAGCAGACUUCAAGUAAAGAAGCCAUUCCCGUGACAUUCAGAGAAAGCCUGGUCUCAACGGUGUCAACUUGAUUAGUUUGCCUAAUUCAUAUUUUCACUUAAAAGUUUAUCAGAGGUGAAUGUGUAAACUGAAGGGUCAUUUGUGGGGCAGGCUCCUUGUUCAGUGGGUAGUGGAGGGGCAGAGCGGGAGGAGCUGGGUUUGAGUUUCCUCCCUUUAGAACUCACGGUGCCAAUUGAUUAAAGCGCUUAAGAUCUGUGUAAGCCUUGGACACUGUCUUAGGAAAGGCCACCAGGCCAUAUUUCUGCCAACGCUGGACCAACCAGUUUCUUAGAAGCCACUCAAGGCCAUUACACCUGCACUGAGGCGGACGGGCAGGAUCCUUGGGUCUCUGUCCAUCUCAAGUACCCUGUCUUGGGAUCAGAGAUACCGGUGUUCUCUUGGCCUUCACAAAUGAACGUUCCUUGCUUCUCACCAAAUCCCUAGCUCCAUGCCCCACUCGUGACUUAGUGAGGGUCUGGAUGGCUCUCAGGAAGAUGGCAAGGUAGGGGAUAAGAAGUGUGUUUGGGGGAGAGGAAGGGCUUCUGGUAUCCUAAACACCAAGAUCCACGCAGCCCUGUGCCCGGUGAUGUCCAUGGCCUGCGAUUGUCUUUGACUGGCCUGGGGUCCUAGAGGAUCUCUGAGUGGCAUCAGUGGUGGUUCUUAGGCAACAUUCUCCAUCCUGUAUCAGUCUGGACCCAAGGGAAGGACACCACAUCAUGAGCACCCAGGGGCCACAGGGGAGCUGCCUCUGGAGCCUAAGCUGAGGAGCACAGGCAGCAGAGUCCCUUCAUCUCAUCUCCAGGGCCUCUGGCCUGUGACCCCUCAUCCUGGGAACUUCGUACUUCCGGCUUUCGCUCACCCACCUUCCCCCCUCUCCUGAGCAGGGCUGUUCCAUGCAGGGGGCCACUGCCAGACUUCUUAUUAAAGGCAAUGUGUUCAUUAUAAAGGCGUAAGAAUACCACACGUGGAAAGCAGCUUGCUGGUUCAUGAUGGUGUGCUUGGACUUGCCCCCACCCCACCAGAGUCUAGGCCUUUUCUGAGUGUGGCUUACCCUCAGCCAGCAGCCAGUGCUUAUGCAGGCUCCAGCACCCCAGCUGGAGGCAUCAUGUUCUUAGAACUGACUUGACCUGAGAGGCUCCUGAGCAGGGCCCUCAUCCUUCAGAGAGGCCGUGUUUAAUGGGGUAGACUGCAGCAGGCUGCUUUGUCUUCUUCCAAGAUCUACUUUGCAUCCUGGUGCCCCCGUUGACUGUCUGGAAAGAUAGGUAUACCAGGGUUCCCAGGUCAGCCCUUUGCUCCUGAGUCAUCCAAAAAUCCAGCUUCCACUCUUCCUUAGGCAUGGUCAUCAAUUUACUUGCCUUGAACAUGAAAGGCACUGACAUGCUUAAUAAAAAGAGCAGAUCCCUGAAUCCCAUUCACCUCCCAGCCCUGCGGUCUGAGACUCAGCCACCUCUUUUCAUAGCCAUGUGUAAGAUCAUUUCUACAACCAUUUAAGUGACGCGGUCUGCCUCCCUGUAAGGUUUCAUUCACCAGUAUGUUUAUUUCCACAUCAAUAAUUUAUUCACUCACCCACCUUUCAUGAAAUAUUAGUGCUGUUCCAGUCCCUGUGCUAAGCACCAGGAACACAAACACAAAAUGAGAUAAAGUCCCUGCUCCCAGGGGCUCCCAGGGGCUCCCACUCCCUCGGGAAGCACGGACCCUUAAUGUCGAAGUCGGAGUAGCAAGUGCUCUAGCAAGGGUUUCUAGAUGUUGGUAAGUCAAGGACCCUUUAAGGGGAAAGCGGUGUUUGAGCAGAAUUCUCCAGAAUGAGGAGAAAUUAGUUAAGCACAGACAAAGCAAGGAAGAGCAAAGAAAGGAAAAGGAAAGUAUGUGCAGAGGGGCAUUUGUUCACAGCCUCAGCCCCUGCCCAGGAACCAGACCCCGCCCAGAAUAUCCCAAGGGUCAAGGUUUGAUUUAACAAACAAGUGCAGGCCAAACCCCAGUUCAUCGAUUGGUUUAGGCAGCUUCCUCCUGAGAACCAUAGCAACACAUGCAGAUUCAGUCGGGUCCUUGGUGGUCCAAGGGUUCUAAGCCAGGACCCAAGCAGGAAUUGCUCUUCAGUGGAGGGAGCGGCUGCUGCUUCACUUUCUUACCACAGGGUGUGUUGACAGAAGAAUGAAAUUGUUUCUAGAAAGUCAUCUCCAGAUGUAUCGUUCACCCCUUGCCUGGGAACUGUUCUUCUCAUUUUAAGCAAACAAAAUUUAAGCCAUUUACCCACAAGUUCUGGACUCAGGCACAAAGUUCCUGAGAGCCAUCUUUGGAGGUUAGCUCGAAGAAUUCCAAGGAAAAGGAUUUUCCUCAAAACUCAAGAUGGUAGAAACUUAGAAAAGGUUGGUGAAAACCCAGGAAGCCUGGUGGGCAGGCUUCUGCCUAGGGCAGAACCCACAAAGAGGCGCUUCUGUGCAGGUCUGGAUGUAUACCCAUCAUGCAUUAGUAUAGUCAAGUUUAGCAAACGUCUCUAGCCAGUGCUGUCAAUUUUGCAGAAAACAAGGCCCAGUACUAGCAAGUCUUAGCACAUCCUCCCUUUUUAUUAUAAUUUUUUUAUAAUUUUUACUGAUGCUCAGUAACCAUGCAAAAUUGUGCACAUUAAUGUACUAGUUACUAGAUCUGUACCUAUCUAUCUAUUCACAUAUAUAUAUCAGCUCACUGUAGAAAACCACAGCUAGCGAGCAUCGCAGACUCACGAAGACCAAGUGAUCUUGUUUACAGUAAUUGUUCGACAGUGCCAAUAAGUGAUGAGGAAACUCACAUGUCAUGGUGUAACUGGUGACCAUGUGCACAAUUCCAUGAAUUAAACCUGUUUCCUGUGUUAAUCGGUAUUCUUGAAUUAAAAGAAAAUGUUUAUAAUGGAAA